ACCCUACUCACUACACUCUACCCUUUUCUCACUAAAUGGCCUCUUUUAGCAGAGUGAUCCGCCGGACUUUCUCGACGGCUGAAGCCUCAGUAUCUCCGAUCAGAUCAAUCUCCGACGACUUAUACCAAGAGAGGAACCUCAAGAGACUCGUUGAGAAAUUCAAACAGUAUUCAGAUGUCACAAGAUUUCGUACAAAAACCGGCAUUUACGAAUCUACAGUUCAUCGAUUAGCCUCUGCAAAACGGUACAAAUGGAUCGAAGAAAUCCUCGAACACCAAAAACAAUACCGACCCGACAUCUCCAAAGAGAGUUUCGCGGCAAGGCUGGUGAGUUUGUAUGGAAAAUCUGGGUUAUUUGAGAAUGCCCAGAAAGUGUUUGAUGAAAUGCCUGAGAGAAAUUGUAAGCAGAGUGUGAAAUCUGUUAAUGCCCUUUUAGGGGCUUGUGUGAAUUCGCAGAAAUAUGAUAAACUUGAAGGUUUGUUUGAGGAAUUGCUGGAGAAGUUGAAGGUGAAGCCGGAUGUUGUCACGUAUAAUAUAAUGAUUAAGGGGUUGUGUGACAAAGGGGAGUUGGAUAAAGCAGCUGCCUUUGUUGAUGAGAUUGAGAAGAAUGGGUUAAAGCCUGAUUUGGUUACGUUUAAUACGAUUCUUGGGGUGUUUUACUCGAAUGGUAAGUUUGAUGAUGGCGAAAAGAUGUGGAAGCUAAUGGUUAGCAAGAAUGUUGUUCCGGAUAUUAGAAGUUACAAUGCUAAGCUUGUUGGACUGAUGAAUGAGAACAAGGUUUCAGAGGCUGCCAAGCUUGUUGGCGAAUUGGGAAGUUUUGAGUUAAAGCCUGAUGUGUUUACUUAUGGUGCGUUGAUUAGAGGAUUUUGUAAAAUGAGUAAUUUGGAGGAGGCUAAAAAGUGGUAUGAAGAACUUGUGAAGAGCGGUUCUGCUCCAAACAAGGUGAUAUUUGCUAGUGUCAUUUCAUCUGCGUGCGAAAAGGGUGAUUUUGAUUGGGCUCUUGAGUUGUGCAAAGAGGUUUUUAAAAGAAAGUGUAAUGUUGAUGCAAAGUUGUUGCAAAGAGUGGUCGAUGGGUUGGUGAGCUCGUCUAGGAUUCGAGAAGCUAAGGAGGUUGUGCAUUUGGGCAAGUCAAAUGACUACCAUCUUUAUAAGCUCAAUCUACCUUCAGAUGAUUAAUGACUACCAGCCGAUUUGCUUAGCAUUUUAGAUGCUGAAUUUGGUACGUUAACCUUGUGUACGAACUUAAUUUGAUGCUAGUUUCAACUUUCAUGACUGUUAGCAAUAAGAUGUAUUCUUGUUUUGGAUGUUAAAUGAAUUUAUACUUUGCUCA